AUGGGUCGCCACGUCGCCCUGGCGAUCCUCCUGUCCACCCUCACCCCCACCGUGACGCUCGUCGCGCCGGCGGUCCGCCCCGGCCGCGCCGCCACGCGCGUGGCCGCCGUGGCGGCCCCCGCGACGACCUCCGACGCCAAGGCCGCCCUCGAGGAGGCGGCGGCCCUGCCCCUGGGCUCGCGGGAGCUCUCCGACGAGGCGGCGGCGCGCGCGAAGCGCGAGGCGCGGCUCCGGUCCGCGGAGCAGUCGCUCGACGUCUUCGUCGUCGGCCUGAGCCACCACAACGCCAAGGUCGAGGUCCGCGAGAAGCUCGCCAUCCCCGAGGCCGAGUGGGAGGAGGCCGCGGGCGAGAUCGUCGCGUCGUCGUCGGGCGCCAUCGCCGAGGCCGCCGUGCUCUCGACGUGCAACCGCUUCGAGGUCUACUUCGCGGCGCGCGACGCGCGCGCCGCGUUCUCGGCGAUGAGCUCCUACUUCCAGGGCCGCAGCGGGCUGCCCAUGGCGGAGCUCCGCGAGUCGCUCUUCAUGCUCGGCGAGGAGGACGCGACGGCCCACGCGCUCCGCGUGUCCGCGGGCCUCGACAGCCUGGUAGUGGGCGAGGGCCAGAUCCUCUCGCAGAUGAAGGCGUGCUACGCGCACGCCAUCGAGGGCUCCGGCGGCAAGGUCACGAGCCGCCUGCUCAACGCCGCCGUCGCCGCGGGGAAGCGCGCGCGCGACGAGACGGACAUCGCCAAGGGCGCCGUGUCCAUCUCGUCGGCCGCGUACGAGCUCGCGGCGGAGCGCGCGCCGCGCGACCUGGGCGGCCUCGAGCUCGCCGACGCGCGCGUGCUCAUCGUCGGCGCGGGCAAGAUGACGCGCCUCCUCCUCACGCACAUGGCGUCCCACGGCUCCGUGGGCAAGAAGUGCGUCAUCCUCAACCGGUCGCGGCCGAACGCCGAGGCCAUCGCCGCGGACUACAAGGAGUCGCACGACGUCGACAUCGAGGUCGUCGCCUCCGACGGCGACGACCAGGUCGCCUACGACCUCGCCCGCGACGCGGACGUCGUCUUCACGGCGUCGAGCGCCGUCGACUACGUGCUCGAGGCCGGCCGCCUCGCGGCGCUCGACCGCCAGGCGGGCCGCGAGCGCGUCAUGCUCGUCGACAUCGCCGUGCCCCGCAACGUCGACCCGGCCUGCGACGACGUCGACGGCGUCGCCGCCUACGACGUCGACAGCCUCAAGGCCGUCGUCGAGCGCAACACGGCGAAGCGGCGCCGCGAGAUCGUCGAGGCCGAGAAGCUCCUCGAGGAGGAGCAGGAGUCCUUCCGCUCCUGGGUCUCGUCCCUCGGCGCCGUCCCCGCCAUCACGAAGCUCCAGAGCAAGGCCGACGCCAUCCGCGCGGCCGAGCUCAAGCGCGCCGACGCGAAGCUCGCGAACCUCUCGCAGCGCGAGAUCGAGGCCGUCGAGCGCCUGAGCCGCGGCAUCGUCUCCAAGCUCCUCCACGGGCCCAUGAGCGCGCUCCGCUCCGACGACGCGCCGGAGAAGAAGAAGAACGCGCUCGGCGUGCUCAAGAACAUGUUCGGCGUCUAG